AUAAAUACAAAAAAAAUAGUAUGAGUGCAAGAAGAAAACGUUAGUAGAAAUUAGACCAAUAGAAAGUGAAAUAUAUAUACCAAUAGAAAACAAUAAGCUAAAUGUUGCAGAGUGAAACUUAGUGAAAAUAAUGAAUGAAACUCCUCGCCUACAUCACUGACUGCAGGAUUAUGUUUAUUAUUUAUUCAGCCCCCCACCUCCCUCCCUCUCUUCCUGCCUGCUACUCAUCAACCGUGACGUCAGGGCGGCACGGGGGAGCUGUCCUCGCGCGGAGGGUGCUGCUGCUGAAACAAGAUGGCUGUGCGCGCAGGAGCAGCAGCGGAGCAGAGCUGAAGCAAUGCAGAGGAGGGAGAAAAGGGGGGCGAGGAAUCCACUCCUGUGCGUCUUGUCCUGCCAGAAGAGCAACAGCUCAGCAGAGAAACAGACGAGCGGUUCUGACAUGAUGCUGACUGGUUUCCGGUACCUUUUACGGUAACGGUUUGGCGGUUUUAGUUUUUUUUUUUUGUAACCAAGAGACAACUGGACUUCACCAAACAAAUCACGGAGCUCUCCGCAGAGGACAGCCGGGGACGCUACCGCCGAUAUCAGAUAUGUCCCUGCUAUGUGUGGGAGUGAAGAAAGCCAAGCUGGAUGGACCCCAAGAGAAGUUCAACACUUAUGUGACCCUAAAAGUACAAAAUGUGAAGAGCACAACCAUUGCUGUCAGGGGCAACCUGCCCAGCUGGGAGCAAGACUUCAUGUUCGAGAUAAACCGCCUGGACCUGGGUCUAACAGUAGAGGUGUGGAACAAAGGGUUAAUCUGGGACACCAUGGUGGGCACUGUGUGGAUUCCCCUCCGGAGCAUCCGGCAGUCAAAUGAGGAGGGCCCGGGGGAGUGGCUCACUCUGGACUCUCAGGUCAUCAUGACUGAUAAUGAGAUCUCCGGCACCAAAGAGCCCACUCUCCACCUGGUGCUGCUCGACACACGCUUUGAGCUGCCUCUCGAUAUCCCUGAGGAUGAGGCACGAUACUGGGCUAAAAAACUGGAGCAGAUCAAUGCCAUGAGGGACCAAGAUGAGGAGCAGGAGCGGCCUCUCCGUGCACCGGGAACCCAGUGCUGUAACUGGAGCCUAUGGGGAGACCAACAAAAUGAAGACCCAGACAGCGCUGUGGAUGACAGGGACAGCGACUAUCGCAGUGAAACCAGUAACAGCAUCCCCCCUCCCUACUACAGCACAUCCCAACCAAACGCCUCCGUCCACCAGUAUCCCAUCAGCCAGCAGCACCUCAGCUCCAGAAGCCUCUCAUACCCGCGCUCUGGUAACGGCCAGGACCUCGACUACCCGCAGCAGAGGGCUGUCAGUCCCUCGGGGAGCUAUGCCUCAUCUGCAGAGCUGAGUCGGUGCAGCAGUCAGCUAAGCGAGGAGGACUAUGUCGUUGAGUACGGAGAGAGGGACCCUUACGACGAGAACGACUCUUACCACUCCUGCCACUCCUCGGUCAGCUACAGUAAAGGCUCUCCAGACUGGGACCCUGACGAGACGCAGGGGGCGUACAGCGAUGAGGGCGGCUACAGCAAAGACGGAGGAGAGGAGGCGGCUCUGUACGAGGAGGAAGACGGAGGGCUGUAUGAGGGAGAGGAGGAGGGGCUCUACGAGGAUGAGGAGAUGAUGUACGAUGAUGAGGAUAUGUACAACUUGGAUGGGACCCUCAGUGAGGACAUGGAGCCUCCCUUUACCCCCACCCCAACGUCAACAGCGCCCCAAACUCUGGAUGUUCCCGGCUCCAGGCCUCCUCUAGAGAAGCAGCCUUCCUUACACCAACAGCAGCCCGCUACUCAACCCCCCAACCAGACAACCAACCAGUCUCAGCCUCCUGGCAUGGCCCCGUCAGCACAGCCCCCCUCUGGCCAACCAACACAACCGCCUAAACAGUCUCAAACACAGCCACAGCCGCAGCCGGCCCCCUCGGCCACUUCCUUCUUCUCAAUGGCCAAACCUCUCACAGCUGCAGUCUCAGGUUUGGCCUCCACUUUCCUGUCUUCUGUUCCCACUGCGCAGCCCGCCCAGGCUCAACCUCCAGCCUCAGCAGUGUCUCAACCGCACCAGGCAGCUGCUGUUGUGCCUCCAUCCCACCCGGCCACCAUGGCUAACUCAGCCUCACAGCCCCCCUCGUCUACCACGGGCCCUCCCUCCCAACAGACCCCAUCCUCUGGGCCGCCUCAAUCCCAUCUCAACGGUCCUGCCACCACACAGUCACCCGCCCCUGAGGACCAGGAUCUCCAGCUGGAGGAAGAGCCAUGGCCAGAGGAGGAGAUGGUGUUUGAGAAAGAGGCCAGGACGCCCCCUGCUCAGCCAGAGGAGACCCUCCCUAAAGAGGAGAUAGAGGAGCAGUUUGAAGAGAGCAUGCCACCAACACCAGAGGAGGAAGAAGAGAUACUCCCGGAGAGUCCUCCAGUGAUAGAGGAGCCGAAAGAGCCGGUGGAUCCUGCAGUCAGAGCCAAACAGAACUGGCUAAGGCUUUAUAACAAAGUUUUAGAGCAGCUCCGGGAGGCCAGAGGAGAGACCUCCAGCUCGCUGUGGUUCGGUAAAGGAGGAAUGGGGGGCGCACUGUACAGUAUCGACAGCAUGCCUGACCUUCGCAAGAGGAAAGCCAUGAUUCCUCUUGUCAGAGAUCUGGCAAUGUCUCUCGUGCAGAGCUCCCGGAAGGCAGGAAUCACCUCCGCCAUGGCUUCCACCACUCUCGGCAAUGAAGAGCUGAAAAGUCAUGUUUAUAAAAAGACCCUGCAGGCUCUGAUCUACCCCAUCUCAUCCACUACACCACACAACUUCGAGGUGUGGACCGCCACCACCCCCACCUACUGCUACGAAUGCGAGGGGCUGCUCUGGGGUAUCGCCCGACAAGGCAUGCGCUGCUCUGAGUGCGGCGUCAAAUGCCACGAUAAGUGUCAGGAUCUGCUCAACGCUGACUGUCUGCAGAGAGCUGCAGAAAAGAGCUCCAAACACGGGGCGGAGGACCGAACGCAGAACAUCAUCAUGGUCCUGAAGGACCGCAUGAAGAUCAGAGAGAGGAACAAACCAGAGAUCUUCGAGCUAAUCCUGGAAGUGUUCGCCCUCGACAAAACCACACACGGCGCGCAGAUGAAACAAAUCAAGCAGAGCGUUCUUGAUGGGACGUCCAAAUGGUCAGCGAAGAUCAGCAUAACGGUGGUGUGUGCUCAGGGCCUGCAGGCUAAAGACAAAACAGGCUCCAGUGACCCUUAUGUCACUGUUCAAGUGGGGAAGACCAAGAAGAGAACCAAGACCAUCUACGGAAACCUCAACCCUGUCUGGGAAGAAAACUUCCACUUUGAAUGCCACAACUCGUCUGACCGCAUCAAGGUCCGUGUCUGGGACGAGGACGACGACAUCAAGUCUCGUGUAAAGCAGAGGUUCAAACGUGAGAGCGAUGACUUCCUGGGCCAAACCAUCAUCGAAGUGAGGACUCUGAGCGGGGAGAUGGACGUUUGGUACAACCUGGACAAGAGAACGGAUAAGUCUGCCGUGUCAGGAGCCAUCCGCAUGCACAUUAGUGUGGAGAUCAAAGGCGAGGAGACGGUAGCCCCUUACCACGUCCAGUACACCUGUCUACACGAGCAUCUGUUCCAGUACACCACGGAGGAGCAGAAUGGAGGCGUCGUAAAGAUCCCUGAUGCCAAAGGGGACGAUGCCUGGAAGGUGUAUUUUGAGGAGACGGCACAGGAGAUCGUGGACGAGUUCGCCAUGAGAUACGGAGUGGAGUCAAUCUACCAGGCCAUGACCCACUUCGCCUGCUUGUCAUCCAAGUACAUGUGUCCCGGAGUGCCAGCAGUGAUGAGCACUCUGCUCGCCAACAUCAACGCUUACUACGCCCACACCACCCAGUCCUCCAACAACGUUUCCGCCUCGGACAGAUUUGCUGCAUCAAACUUUGGCAAGGAGAGGUUUGUCAAACUGCUGGAUCAGCUGCACAACUCCCUGAGGAUCGACCUCUCCAUGUACCGGAAUAACUUCCCUGCCAGCAGUCCUGAGAGACUACAAGACCUCAAGUCUACAGUUGAUCUCUUGACAAGCAUCACAUUCUUCAGGAUGAAGGUCCAGGAGUUGCAGAGUCCCCCCAGAGCGAGCCAGGUGGUGAAGGACUGCGUGAAAGCCUGUCUCAACUCCACCUACGAGUACAUUUUCAACAAUUGCCACGACCUUUACAACAGGGAAUAUCAGACGGACCCUUCGAAGGCGGUCCCUCCAGAUGAGCAGGGUCCCAGCACCAAAAAUCUGGACUUCUGGUCCAAACUCAUCACCCUCAUCGUCUCCAUCAUAGAGGAGGACAAAAACUCCUACACCCAUUGCCUUAAUCAGUUUCCCCAGGAACUGAACGUGGGCAAGAUCAGCGCCGAGGUCAUGUGGAAUAUGUUCGCACAAGAUAUGAAAUACGCCAUGGAGGAGCAUGAGAAGAACCGCCUGUGUAAAAGCGCAGAUUAUAUGAACUUGCACUUCAAGGUGAAAUGGCUCUACAAUGAGUACUGCAAAGAGCUGCACACUUUCCAGAAGCACGUACCUGAGUAUCCAGCCUGGUUUGAACCGUUUGUCGUCAUGUGGUUGGAUGAGAACGAAGAAGUGUCAAGAGAUUUCCUGCAUGGAGCUCUGGAGAGGGACAAAAAAGACGGGUUCCAGGUCACAUCGGAGCACGCAUUGUUCUCCUGCUCAGUGGUGGAUGUGUUCUCUCAGCUCAAUCAGAGUUUUGAAAUCAUCCGCAAACUGGAGUGUCCCGACCCUCAGAUUGUUGGCAACUACAUGAAGAGAUUCGCCAAGACUAUUGGCAAUGUCCUGCUGUCCUACGCUGACAUCAUCUCAAAGGACUUUCAUAAUCACGUCAAGAAGGAGAAAGUGCCAUGUAUCAUCAUCAAUAACAUCCAGCAGCUCAGAGUGCAGUUGGAGAAGAUGUUCGAGGCCAUGGGGGGCAAAGAUCUCAAUUUGGAGGCUAGUGACUUCCUCAAGGAGCUGCAGAACAAACUGAACAGCGUUAUGGACGACCUCAGCCGCAUCUUCGCUGUCAGUUUCCAGCCCCAGAUUGAAGACAACGUCAGGCAGAUGGGAGAUAUCCUCGCCCAGGUUAAAGGGCAGACAGUCCCGGCCAAUGGCAGCGUGGUUCAGGAGGCCGACAACGUCCUGCAGCCCAUCAUGGACUUCCUGGACAGCAACCUGUCGCUGUUCGCUAAGAUCUGUGAGAAGACCGUCCUGAAGAGAGUGCUGAAGGAGCUGUGGAAACUAGUGAUGAACACAAUGGAGAAAACUAUUGUUCUUCCAACUCUCACUGACCAGACGGGCACUCAGAUGAUCUUCAACGCUGCGAAGGAGUUGGGCCAGCUUUCCAAACUCAAGGAGCACAUGGGACGAGAGGAGGCCAAAGCUCUCAGUCCUAAACAGUGUGCAGUGAUAGAGCUGGCUCUGGACACUAUUAAGCAAUACUUCCACGCUGGUGGUGUGGGCCUGAAGAAGACGUUCUUGGAGAAGAGUCCAGACCUGCAGUCUCUGCGCUACGCCUUGUCUCUGUACACCCAGGCCACUGACAAGCUCAUCAGGAAGUUUGUCCUCUCGCAGAACGCUCAGGUGCACGGAGGGAAAGGGCUCAGGUGCACGGCAAAUGAAGACACACCGCCAGAGAAACCAUCUGGGGUGGAUGCCGUCGGCGAGGUCAUCAUGUGCGUGGACAUUUUACCCCAACCUAAUGGAGAGCACAAGAUCGGCAUCAAAGUGGUGGCUGCUAACGAUCUGAAGUGGAAGGCACAGGGCUUCAGGCCCUUCGUGGAGGUGUACAUCAUCGGCCCUCACCUCAGCGAUAAAAAGAGGAAAUUUGCCACCAAGUCCAAAAACAACGCCUGGUCCCCCAAGUUCAUUGAGAGCUUUCAGUACUCGUUGGGCACUGAGGUGGGUCCGGAGAGCUACGAGCUGCAGGUGUGUGUGAAGGACUACUGCUUCGCCCGAGAGGACCGCACGGUGGGCAUGUCCGUGGUGCAGCUGAAGGACAUUGCCAGCAAGGGCAGCGUCACGCUCUGGAUGCCGCUGGGCCGGCGCGUCCACAUGGACGAGACGGGCCUGACGGUGCUGCGCAUCCUCUCUCAGCGCAACAACGACGAGGUGGCCAAGGAGUUCGUCAAGCUCAAGUCGGACCAGCGCUCAGCGGAGGAGGGUCGCAGCUGAGGGGGAGGGGGGGGAGCAAAGACAUGCGUGUGCACAAAAACCCAGAGACAUAGCAUUAUGCACACAUCUAGAAGUCUCACCUGCAUAGAUAAACAACCAUGUGCAACACACAAGCACACACAUGCUCUCCUGUACAUAUAUCUGCAUACAUUAUGCAACAUUCACAUUGCAAUGUUAUCAAUGCAAAACAUGAGUUCAUAAUCAUUCAUAUUAUUUAUUUCCACUGCAAUCAGUUUAGCCUCGCAUUAGAACGCACUUUUCAUCAAUCUCUCCCAGAAUGCAUCAUUCCUUUUAUACACUGUACAUUUUGACGUGAUAUAAUGCAACGCAGCACCACAACCACACCUUGUGAAUAUCUCCAGGACGACCACUUUGCACUUUGGCUCCUCUUCUGUCUUCAGGAGAGCGGUUCUUGUCUAGCUAUGCUCUGUCUGUCCGUCCGCCUGCCUGCCUGACUGUGUGUCGUUCUUCAAGUCCGUCAGUCUUUCUCCCCCACUUGUCGUUGUGUGCUCUGCGUAACCUUCCCACGGUGUGAUGUGUUGUGUAGGUCGGAGUUCAGGCACAGAUCUAAGAUUGGCACCCUUUUUGCUCAAAAAUCAAAACAGAGAAAAAAAAACUGACCUUAGAUCAGCAUACAGGGGGGCAACAUCACUCCUAGUCUGUCCUGUAAUGUCCUGCAUGUUGAACCCAGGAACACUGUGAUACACGUUGCUGUAUUCUUGGCACCCCCCCCAACAUAGAAGAUGGGUGCCUACAAUAUUUUACCUGUGAGCAUGGUGCGUUUAUAACCCCGGUACAAUGAGGUUUAAUAACCCAGCUAGCCGUCAUGAUCAUGGAGGAAACAGUAGAAACUGAUGAUGAGGAUGAUGUGCGUAGAUAAAGGUCUUGGCCACAUAUUGUAAAUAUAAACAAAACAACCUUGCUUCACAUCGUGAUAAACGGAGCAAUACCCCCAGUGUCAAACACAUCCACACCCCCAGAGUGCACAUUUACUCCAAAAAGGGCUACAGGAUGAUCAGCGGACGGGGUGUCAGUUUACGCACUAAUGCAUCCCUUUCAAAGACUCAGUUGAUAAAAAGACCAGGAGGUCCCCCCCCCCCCCCCCCCCCACCACCACCAUGUGGAGAAGCUCAAAGGACGCGAUGCUGAAGGACACUGCUCCCAGUCGCCUGCACACCAAACCCAUCUCUUCAAGGCAAUAGUGGUUUGUUCGUAUGUUCUUUUUACAAAGAGCAAACCCCCCCUGUGAACACGGCUGUGUCUUUUUGUUAUCGUUUGUGUGAAGGUGCGUGUGAAUGGGCUCUGAGAUUGUGAGCAAUAUAUUGUAUGUAGAAACCCUUAAUGUAAGCACUGUCAGUAUAAAUACAGAAGCACCAACUGCAAUAUCCAGAUCCAAGGAAUGGAAAACUUAUGAGUCUUGUUUAUUUUAUUUACCUUCAUUUAUGGAAUCAUAAAAUUCCCAUUCCUAAUGGAAGUGUGUAAGAUAAGUGUCACUUUAAAUAAUAGGGAAAGUGAUUUGUCCUUGAAUUCCUAUUUGCCUUUAGGACCAACGAACAAGAGCUCAUGUAUUUUUGGGGUAUUUUUUUUCAAAGAACGAAGCCAUCGGAGUCACCGCCAAGCAUCUAUGUUGUGUAGGUUUCAGUCUCGUCAUGUGCAUUAAUAAAUCUGUUACCUUUAACUGCAUAUAGGUGAGCAACACUCAGUCCCAGUCGGAGGGUCUUAUAGUCUCUUUGUGGAACUUAAUGACGUCAGAGCUGGGUCAAGCUACACCAGACUGUCCCUGCUGGCCUGUCACAUGUUGUCUUUACUGAAUACUGUUUAAUUCUACCAAAAAGCUUCUGAAUGUCAUUUAUCCUCAGAAAAGCCUUCUUUCUGUGAUCAGAGGGACAUUUAAAUCCGAAACAGGACUAGCUCUGGGACAGCAACGCAUGCCUUUAAAUUAGGCAGUCCAAAUUCCACUUUGGACUUUAAUAAAAUUGAUCAUUUUAGGAGAACUGUCUUUUCAAAUGAGCUUUUCGUCCCUUUUAACACACAAUGCAGUUACAUUGAUUUUAAUGAGUUGAUUAAGAUAUCCCAGGGUUCAAGACAAAACUCUACAUUUCAUCUUUAAAAAAGUAUGAAAAACCACAUAACCCAUUAUUAUCCAGUUUGGGGCUUGUUGGUUGCCUGCUCCAUGUAUGUAUGAGCACUGCACACACUCGCGCAUUGACUACACACACAUUUAAACACCAAUCUCGGCUCAAGCACAAAAGGGCACAUGUAAGAUGACACACAAGCAUGCAUGCACGCCGACACAACUCUGUGGAGACCAAUGAUGCCCACCCUGUGAAUAGAAUCCACUGACAAUUGCAUGAUGGGAAACUUUAUCGUGCCAGCACGUGUCUCUUUGAUGUGAAUUAUUUUACCUUGUUUUUUUUUUUAAUCAAAGCUAUGUAAUGAUAAUUCAUCAAUGUGUUUUUGUUUUUCCAAAAGGCUUGUGAAUACGUCAUCCGUAACCAAUAUGAAUGUAGUGUGAACACAGAACUCGCAUGAGAGAAUUAUUUUCUACUAAAGGAUGUUUCUAAUUUGUUUCUUAUCAUUACUGAUAGUUCUUUAAUGAGGAUGAAGAGGAACUGGAAUGCAGCCUGAUUGUGAUCUGCUUCCUAAUAAAAGGACAUUUGUGUCGAUCUAUA